CACACUCCGCGCGCCUUCUCAGUGCACAAGACCGGUGGAGAGCGCGCGAGAAGCAGAGAGAACGAAAGAGAGCGCACAAGAGACAGAGAGAGAGAGAGAGAGAGAGAGGCGCAGGAUAAACCUCCCUUUUCUCUCUUGCUCUGAGAGAGAGAGCUGCACAAUGUGAAGAGGCAAAUUAGCUCGGCAAAACUUCCCCCCAGCAGACGUCUCAGCCUCUCCGAAAGCAGUAGCGACAAAGAAGACGGGGAAAGGGAGCACGAGGCGCGCGCGAGACGCGCUCUUUUUGCUCGGUUUAAAGGUGACAUGAGGAGACUAUUCCACGCGAACUCCCGAGUCUCCGAGCCAGACGGAGCUCUCUGAAUCUCUCAGCUGGUCCGCAGGGGAACUUUGUUCAUGUUCAUUUUGUUGUGAUUUCCGCGGGUAGCUCCACCGCACCGAGAGGAUGAGCGGAUUUAUCUGCACGCGCUGAGGAAUUUUUUUAUUUUUUAUUUUUUUAUUUUUGAUGAUCGUUGACGGAACGUUUAGAACCGAUAGAACAGCCUGCCUCCUGCCAUGUCGUGGUUCCUGUGUUUGUGGAUAGCCGUUAGCUGCCUCUUGCUCUGCCAGGCCACUCUGUACGAGACCAUCCAGCAGCACCACGUGCCUCGACCCGGCCGCAACGCCAUCCAGAUCCUCGAGGGCGGGACGUGUGAGGUGAUCGCAGCUCAUCGGUGCUGCAAUAAGAACCGCAUUGAGGAACGCUCGCAGACGGUCAAGUGCUCGUGUCUGCCGGGAAAAGUGGCAGGAACGACACGCAACAAGCCCUCCUGCGUGGACGCCUCCAUUGUGAUUGGGAAGUGGUGGUGUGAGAUGGAGCCAUGUUUGGAAGGAGAGGAGUGCAAGACGCUGCCGGAUAACUCGGGCUGGAUGUGUUCCUCUGGGAACAAGAUCAAAACCACCAGGCUAAACUGAGCCGCGACGAGUCCGGAUCAUUCUCCUCCCACUUUCCACAGGUAAGAUCUCUCCUCAUUACUUCCUGUAGCACACAAACUCCACCUCACGCUACAUGUACAGUAUUAUUACACCGAUAUCCUCACUACCCCUACGCCCUCCUCCAGGGCGCCUCGGCCGUGUAAAGUCCGUCCUUCAACACAACGCGUGUGUCUGUGAGACUGGACGCUGCCAUUAAUUUCAGUCAGAGCGGUGUUAAUGCAGUGUUUCUCUAAUAUAAUGACCUUGUGUUUUGAAUCACGCGUAAUUCUGCUGUACAGUGACCGCUGCUGCAUGUGUAGAAACACAGGACUGAUGACAUCACCUCUACACCACAUGUCCACUGAAGUGUAGCCUGUUAAAGUGUCCACCAAAUCACACGUGAGGCUUCGCUGCUUUUCACACGUCUCCUGCGUUCAGAACACGUCCCUUCCACAGAGACAUUUCUCUAGCUUUCAGACACUGUAACUCCGUCUCACACACACACACACACACACAUCUAAUUACACACACUAACAAACUGCAUGUGUGAACAGGGUGUGUGAGACCGGAGUGUGUGUAAGAGUGGGGUGUGUGAGAAACAGGUGCAUGUGUAAGAGCAGGCUGUGUGUGGAUAGUGUGUGUGUGUAUGAACAGGUGUGUGUGUGCAACAGGUGUGUGAGGCCGGAGUGUGUGUGUAAGAGCAGGGUGUGUGUGUGUAAGAGUGGGGUGUGUAUUAGACCGGAGUGUGUGUGUAAGAGCAGGGUGUGUGUGUAAGAGUGGGGUGUGUGUGAGACCCGAGUGUGUGUGUAAGAGCAAGGUGUGUGUGUAAGAGUGGGGUGUGUGUUAGACCGGAGUGUGUGUGUAAGAGCAGGGUGUGUGUGUGUAAGAGUGGGGUGUGUGUUAGACCGGAGUGUGUGUGUAAGAGCAGGGUGUGUGUGUGUAAGAGUGGGGUGUGUAUUAGACCGGAGUGUGUGUGUAAGAGCAGGGUGUGUGUGUGUAAGAGUGGGGUGUGUAUUAGACCGGAGUGUGUGUGUAAGAGCAGGGUGUGUGUGUGUAAGAGUGGGGUGUGUAUUAGACCGGAGUGUGUGUGUAAGAGCAGGGUGUGUGUGUGUAAGAGUGGGGUGUGUGUGAGACCGGAGUGUGUGUGUAAGAGCAAGGUGUGUGUGUAAGAGUGGGGUGUGUGUUAGACCGGAGUGUGUGUGUAAGAGCAGGGUGUGUGUGUGUAAGAGUGGGGUGUGUGUUAGACCGGAGUGUGUGUGUAAGAGCAGGGUGUGUGUGUGUAAGAGUGGGGUGUGUAUUAGACCGGAGUGUGUGUGUAAGAGCAAGGUGUGUGUGUGUAAGAGUGGGGUGUGUAUUAGACCGGAGUGUGUGUGUAAGAGCAAGGUGUGUGUGUAAGAGUGGGGUGUGUAUUAGACCGGAGUGUGUGUGUAAGAAACCGGAGUGUGUGUGUGACCGGCGUGAGUGUGUGUGUGUGUGUGUGUGAGUGACUGGAAUGUGUGUGAGACCGGAGUGUGUGUGUAAGAAACCGGAG